CGCAGUCUCUGGUCAUCUCCCGUACUGUGUCCGCAGUCUCUGGUCAUCUCCCGUACUGUGUCCGCAGUCUCUGGUCAUCUCCCGUACUGUGUCCGCAGUCUCUGGUCAUCUCCGUACUGUGUCCGCAGUCUCUGGUCAUCUCCCGUACUGUGUCCGCAGUCUCUGGUCAUCUCUCCGUACUGUGUCCGCAGUCUCUGGUCAUCCCCUGUUACUGUGUCCGCAAUCUCUGGUCAUCCCCUGUACUGUGUCCGCAGUCUCUGGUCAUCCCCUGUACUGUGUCCACAGUCUCUGGUCAUCUCCUGUACUAUGUCUGCAGUCUCU